AUGGCCCGCGCUCCCUCCUCCAUCCUUAUCGUCGGCUCUGGCGUCUUCGGCCUCGGCACCGCCUAUGCCCUCACCCAGCGUCCCUUCUACUCAAACACCUCCAUCACCGUUGUGGACGACUGCGCAGGCCAAUUCCCUCCGGAGGAUGCUGCCAGUGUAGACUCUUCUCGCAUCGUGCGAGCCGACUACUCAGACCCUCACUACGCCGCGCUUGCCGCCGAGGCCCAGGAACAAUGGCGACAGCAGGGUGACGACGAGGUCGGUGGGCAGGGAAGAUAUUCCGAGUCGGGCUUUGUCCUCUGCGCAAGCCACCCGCCCAAGGACUUUAACCUCAAGAAGUCCGGCAUGGACUAUACCAAGGAGAGCUGGAAGAACGUCGAGUCCAUCGCCCAAGCCACGGGUCUGCCCACUGAUAAGAUCGAGAGACUGGAGAGCACAAAGGCCUUGCAGGAGAAGCUCGGAACAGACGGUUAUCCCGGCGAUUGGGGCUACCUCAACGGUAACUCUGGUUGGGCCGAUGCCGGAAAGGGCAUGCAGUGGCUGUACAAGAGAGCCAAUGCCACUGGACGGAUCCAGUUCGUUGACGGCAAAGUGACAGAGCUUGUGACAGAGGGCGACCGGGUUGUCGGCGCCAAGCUUAGCGAUUCGAGGGUUCUCAAUGCCGAGGUGGUGAUGGUGGCUGCCGGCGCCUGGUCCGGCUCCCUCGUCGAUCUGCGAGGCAGGACGGAAGCCACUGGGCAUGCCGUCGUGUACAUGGACAUCACAGCGGAGGAACAGAAGGCCUUGGACAACUACCCGGUGGUGUUGAACCUGAGCACUGGUCUAUUCGUGAUCCCACCGCGGAACCAGGUCCUCAAGAUCGCCCGCCAUACCUUUGGAUACAUCAACCCCGUCAAGAUCACCAAGGCUCUGCCUCCGUCGCCCACGGAUAAGCGAGAGCCCUUUAUCGCAUCGCAGCCAUAUACCGCCCGCAACGACGCUUCGAACCCUCUGCCUGCCGAGGCCGACCGAGAUCUUCGCCGAGCGCUGAAGGAUCUGACCCCCGUCCGUGGUCUGGAGAACAGGCCAUGGAAGGAGGCUCGCAUCUGCUGGUACUCGGAUACACGCGACGGCGAGUGGCUCAUCGACUACCACCCAGGCUGGAAGGGUCUCUUCGUGGCGACGGGCGACAGCGGACACGGAUUCAAGUUCCUGCCCAACCUGGGCGACAAGAUCGUGGACGUCCUGCAGGGUCAGGGCGGAAAGCUCGGAGACAAGUGGCGAUGGAGGGAGAUCGAGAACGAUGGCGUGGGAAGGGAGACGGACGGUGUUUAUAAGGGUCUGAUCACCGAGGACGGUAGUCGAGGUGGUCGCCCCCUUGUCUUGUGCGACGAGCUGGCCAAGGGGCGGGCUCCGAUUGGAGAGCCAAAGGCUAAGCUAUGA